GCGGGCCGGGAGGGGACGGCCGCCGGAGCCGCCGAGGCCAAGUGCUGCCUGGUCGGGCCUGGAAAUGGGAUGCUGCGCUUCUGCGGGGGGCACCGAGGGAGCGAGGGCCUCCCUGAGUGGCUGCUGUGACGGCCAGUGAGGAGCCCCGGAGGAUGUCCGCCUCCACCACGGUCGCCCCCGCGGGCGUGCCGCUGGCCCCGGGCCCUGUGAACCCGCCCCCGCCGGAGGUGGCCAACCCCGCCAAGCCCGGCCGCAAGACCAACCAGCUGCAGUACAUGCAGAACGUGGUGGUGAAGACGCUGUGGAAACACCAGUUUGCCUGGCCCUUCUACCAGCCCGUGGACGCCAUCAAGCUGAACCUGCCCGAUUACCAUAAAAUCAUAAAAAACCCGAUGGAUAUGGGAACCAUCAAGAAGAGACUAGAGAAUAACUAUUAUUGGAGCGCAAGUGAAUGUAUGCAGGACUUCAACACCAUGUUUACAAAUUGUUAUAUUUAUAACAAGCCCACAGAUGACAUAGUGCUAAUGGCCCAAGCCUUAGAGAAAAUUUUUCUGCAGAAAGUGGCCCAGAUGCCCCAGGAGGAAGUUGAAUUACUACCCCCUGCUCCGAAGGGCAAAGGCCGGAAACCGGCUGCGGGAGCCCAGAGUGCAGGUACGCAGCAAGUGGCAGCCGUGUCCUCUGUCUCCCCAGUGACCCCCUUUCAGAACGUCCCCCCCACUGUCUCCCAGACGCCCAUCAUUGCUGCCACCCCCGUGCCAACUAUCACUGCAAACGUCACGUCGGUCCCUGUCCCCCCGGCUGCCGCCCCUCCUCCUCCCACGACACCCAUCAUCCCCGUGGUCCCUCCCACGCCUCCCGUCAUCAAGAAAAAGGGCGUGAAGCGGAAAGCCGACACGACCACGCCCACGACGUCCGCCAUCACCGCCAGCCGCAGCGAGUCGCCCCCGCCGCUGUCGGACCCCAAGCAGGCCAAGGUGGUGGCGCGGCGGGAGAGCGGGGGCCGGCCCAUCAAGCCGCCCAAGAAGGACCUGGAGGACGGCGAGGUGCCCCAGCACGCGGGCAAGAAAGGCAAGCUGUCGGAGCACCUGCGGCACUGCGACAGCAUCCUCAAGGAGCUGCUGUCCAAGAAGCACGCGGCCUACGCCUGGCCCUUCUACAAGCCGGUGGACGCCGAGGCCCUGGAGCUGCACGACUACCACGACAUCAUCAAGCACCCCAUGGACCUCAGCACCGUCAAGAAGAAGAUGGACAGCCGCGAGUACCCAGACGCACAGGGCUUUGCCGCUGACAUCCGGUUGAUGUUCUCCAACUGCUACAAGUACAACCCGCCAGACCACGAAGUGGUGGCCAUGGCCCGGAAGCUGCAGGACGUGUUUGAGAUGCGCUUUGCCAAGAUGCCGGACGAGCCGGCCGAAGCGCCCACGCUGCCGGCCCCGGCGGCCCCGGUGGUGAGCAAGGGCGCGGAGAGCGGCCGCAGCAGCGAGGAGAGCUCCUCAGACUCAGGCAGCUCCGACUCGGAGGAGGAGCGGGCCACCAGGCUGGCGGAGCUGCAGGAGCAGCUGAAGGCCGUGCACGAGCAACUGGCCGCCUUGUCUCAGGCCCCCGUGAACAAGCCAAAGAGGAAGAAGGAGAAGAAGGAGAAGGAGAAGCGGAGGAAGGACAGGGAGCGGCACAAGGCCAGGUCCGAGGACGAGAAGAAGGCCAAGGCCGCCCCGCCGGCCAAGCAGGCCCCGCAGAAGAAGGCCCCGGCCAAGAAGGCCAACAGCACGACCGCGGCCAGCAGACAGCCGAAGAAAGGCGGCAAGCAGGCGUCGGCCUCCUAUGACUCGGAGGAGGAGGAGGAGGGCCUGCCCAUGAGCUACGACGAGAAGCGGCAGCUGAGCCUGGACAUCAACCGGCUGCCCGGGGAGAAGCUGGGCCGGGUGGUGCACAUCAUCCAGUCCCGGGAGCCCUCACUGCGGGACUCCAACCCCGACGAGAUCGAGAUCGACUUUGAGACUCUGAAACCCACCACGCUGCGGGAGCUUGAGAGAUACGUCAAGUCUUGUUUACAGAAGAAGCAAAGGAAGCCGUUCUCGACAGGCGGGAAGAAGCAGGCAGCCAAGUCGAAGGAGGAGCUAGCUCAGGAAAAGAAGAAGGAGCUGGAGAAGCGGCUGCAGGACGUCAGCGGGCAGCUGAGCAACAGGAAGCCCUCCAAGAAAGAGAAAUCGGGCGCGGCGCCCCCUGGAGGGCCUUCCCGGCUCAGCAGCAGCAGCUCCUCGGACUCUGGGAGCAGCAGCUCCAGCGGAUCCAGCUCCGACAGCAGUGACUCAGAGUAAGGAACCCCGUCGGGCUCGGCCAGCACGCAGCUCCGCCGGCGGCCGCCGCACACGCCGACCUCCGCAGUGUCCCUCUCACAGUUAAUAUACUGCUUCUGUUCAUGGUGUGCAGGUUUCCUUUUCAUCCAGUGUUACGGUCUCUUCCCGUUUUUGCUUUAAUAGGUCAAAGGUCUUUUUUGUGUGUGUACACUAGACUUUAGGAGAAGGUGUGAGUCCGCGUUGUCUUUCCUUCGCCACUGAACGCGAUCGCUUGGGGACGACAACUUCCGACGCUAACCUGGUAACCACAGAAAGACACGGACGAUGUCGCCCGAACGUCCCUGCGAACCCCCUUUCCUUGGGCCCGACCUGGUCCAGAAAGAAUUUCUCCAAAGGCAGUUUCUCUGAGGUGGUUCUGUGUUUGGAAGCUGUUGGCUUUGUCCCUUGAGCUCUGACCCUCGGGUCCGAGGGCCACCUCCUCCUGCAGGGGCCGAGGACGGACGAGCCUGCUGUGAGAAGCUGCCCUGGGCUAGGCGAGGGGGUCAUCGUGGCUCCGAGCAGAGCUCUGCAGGUGUGGGCGUGCGUGGAAGGGGGCGUGCGGGGUUCUUCUGAGCUCGGUGACGUCAGGAGCUUCUGGGAGGGGUUCUAGUGGCUGCGUGUGCAGGUUUCUAUACACUGAAACUUUUACCUCAACUUAAAAAAAAAAAAAAAGAAAAGAUUAAAAAAAAAAAAAAAAAAA